AUGGUUUCCAGGUUUCUUCAUCAGAAUAACUCAUUGUCAUUCAGGCUGGUGCCUUCAAUCCUUACUUAUUACUAUCGUCUUGGUCCAGUCAUGUUGUUUCUUCUACUGCGUCGCCACUGUCCUCGAUGUGCUUGGUCAAUACCUCCUGCACUAGCGCUGCCUGCAACAGAAAAUUGGGAAAGUCUAAACCUCAUUGUAUUGUACAACCUGCAACAAGACAAACAACGUUGGCUUAAUCAGGCUUUCACGGUCUCCUGUAUCAUUACGGAUGAUGCUGAUUUGGAGAAGCUUGAUCCUUCGGAGUCACAUGCCCUUCUUACGGCAGCGGAACUCAGUGACAAAAAGAGAAAGACGUCUAACAUGGAAACCAAUACAAUCCUUGGAGAUACGGCAGAUGAUGAAUUGGAGGCAAACUCGAACCUUUGGUUGGGAAACCAACAUCACACUUGGGACCAAACGUCUCCGAGUCCGCUGCCAGAAAAGAAAGAGAAGCGUCCAAGUCUUGAGAACUAA